CGAGGACCCGAGUUCGAUUCCCCAGUACCAAAAAAAAGAUUGGCACUGGUUUGCUGGCUCGAGAAAAUCUAAAGCAGACUCUGCUGUCCGCUAUGAGAAUGACAGGAGCUCCAACAGCAGAUCCUCAGGGUGAGGACCGUGAACUACAGCGUUUGGGGGCGCUGCAGACCCUGAGCCGUCAGGGGAAGCCGAUCGCUCUCCACCCGGCACCGCCAGGGGCUGGGCUGCCUGCUGCGUGUCCGGUUCCUGCAGACCCGGAUUUCAGCGCAGGCUUCACGGUCUCAGGCCCCCCACUGUCCCCAGAUGCCCCAAAUGCCGCUGCAGAAUUUCAGGCCCUCACCAGGACUGGCAGGGAUUUUCCCACCCCGUGCUGCCCUGAGGCCACGUCCCUGGGCGCUGGCAGAUGAGGCAAUCUGACACUUUCCUUUCUUUCUAACCCAGCUGCCUUGCCCCACACACCCUUGCUCAGCAUGUUUUUGCAGCCCCUGGGAAUCACGGGCCACUUGGGAUCAAGAAACGAAACCUGCUUAUGCUUUAAAAAGGGAAGGAGAUGAUGGGAGUCCAGGCAGGAGUGGCAUCUGGACCCUUCUCCAUGCAUAGCCGCGCCCUUGUCCGUCUCUUCACUUCAAUUCUCCUACAGUAUUUUGCCUGCUUUGCAAUUCGCAUUACCCCUCCUUUGUGGGACAUCUAUUGUGUAUGACCACAAAGAAAUUUUUAUAACAUGUAAACGUGAAUGUGCCUCAUUUCUGAUUAAAAAUCUUCAGUGAUCGUAUUUUCCUGGCUUGGGAAGCUGUAGGUGAAGUCAGGAGAUAUGGCAGCUAUCUUGUAGCCAUGAGGUGUCUAUCACGAGGAAUCCACAACAUUGAGGAUUGUAAAGUAUGAGGGUAACAGUAAGUGUGGUUCUUGAUUACAGCAUUCAGACAGAACAUAACCUAAUACCACCCCUUUCCAAAAUUCUUGCAAAGUAAGCCAUAAAUAUUGCUCUUAGUUUAAGCCUUUCUUAAGUGUAAUUGUAUAUUACUUAUAACUGGAAUCGGCCCGUUGGAACCGGGUACUGGAAAUAAUUUCAGGAUGGCUGCUUUUACCUCUGUCUCUGAAUCUUCCUGCCCCUAUUUCUUCACAAUGUUUUAGAACCUUAGAUGAUAAUGAAAAUUUCCUAAAGACUGAAACCUUGCUGGGCUGGAAACUUACAAUGACCUUGCAAGGUGGGCUUCAUCCUCACAGCACUGGCUGAGUGGAGGUGCUUGGUCCCACGCUGUUGAACUCCGGACCUCUCUCUCGUGUCUUUGCCUCAAAUCUCCCAUCUUCAUUCUACGUGGCACCGUCUCCCACAGACCCCUCUGCCUUCACAUUUCCCCACCUUUAUCCUGACUGCUUGGAGCCUCUGUCAGGCCUUCCCCGGUCUAGUUUCUCAUAGAUGCAUCCCCCACAAUGAGCUGGAAAUGUGAGGAGCGGAGGUUGCUGUUCUUAGGAGAAUCUGAUCCUGAAACCACCCCCAGGGCCCCGUCCGUGGAGAGGCUGUCGUCUGUGAAACUGGCCCCCUUUGCCAAAUAUGUUCUGAAGCACAUCGAUUGGGUCACUGACGGGAUGGCGGGAGGCAGAGAGAAUACGAAGGCUACAAGCGAAGAAGGAAAGCUCCUGAGGAAAGAGAUGCGGGUAGAGUCGGUGCCCGCGGGGAGUGCGAGACCUGGAGCAGGACACGUAGAGAGGCAAUCGGGCAACGGGGCUGCAUCGGGCAGGACCUCUGGUCUGCGGCCGCAGGAGGACGAGCAUUAGCUUCGAGAGGCAGCGGGAGAGGUUCCAGGCUCUGAGGAGAAAGCAGGAGGACCGGUACCGUGAGUCACAGGGAAAUGAGCAGCAGGGGGCAGUGUAUGUUUCAGAGCAGGGAUGAGUCUCCCGGGAGGCGGGUUCGGGGGUCGCUACUCCUCUGCCCCCUGGAGAAUCGCAACCUCUGUCACUUCCUCCCCCAAAGCCCAGGCUUCUUCUGGUCACACAGGGUCAGGGAUGCUCAGCACAGAGAUCAAGAGCGGCGAGGGUGUGACAAGGGACUGCAUAAACGGCAGCGGCCACGGCUUGCGGUCCCUUCAAGUCACAGCUGUUCUCCUUGGCCGGGGGAGCAGGCAUGUCCUGGGCGGGGAUGGCAGCCUCUCCAAUUCAUUACAUGGACUUUCUCGACCGUUUUCUGAGACUGCGGUAUUUUGACUCUGUCGGCCAUGGGAUUAGACAGAAAUGGUGCACCGGGAAGACGCAGUAUCGGGGAGCAGGGCGCAGUCCCCGAGGUGCUGUCCACAGUCCCUCGCUGUGAGCAGCCCCGGGGAGUGAGCAUCCGCCCGUCUCCGAGAUCCCACUCCGCAGACAGCCCCGGGAGCCGCUCCCUGACUCGCGGACACCGGAACGGGUGACAUUCCCGUCUCCCCGGCCCCUCAGCUGGGGGUGACUGUCACGCAGCAGGGGUGACCAGCACGGGGACCAACGGAUACACGAUGAGGUCACGUGCGGCACGGAAUGAGGUCGGGCAAGAGGCAGGGCGGCGAAGUCCAUCCACCCGCGUCCCCCGAGACUCACGUCGCUGGGUCGUGAGUCCUCCACCAAGCGACCCGUGCACGCAGAUCGCAGCUUGAACCGGAAGAGAACACUGCGGCCACGAACAACCAUUUAGCAACUGUGGACCUCCAAACCCGAGACUGGAAAUUACUGUCAGAGGCGGAGCAAGUGAGGGGUGAAAAGAGACAGGAGAGAGAUCCAGACUCCAGACUGUACACUGUGAAAUAAAAAGGUCUUCCUGGAUUUAGAAAGCACAGUUUCUUGUCCACGUGUAUUGAGAAAUCCCCUCUUGGGGGAGUUCCCAGGGAAAUAAUCCGGCUCUGCUAGGAUUGUCUCCUGUGAGGUCCAAGAGUUGAGGAAGAAACACUCCUACCCCACCAUGCCUUGAUCUCAGCCGCCGCUAGAUGGAGCUGCGCUUCCGGGAUCGAACUCGGGACCUUGUGCUUUUGAGGCAGGCGGCAGAACCCCUGAGCUCAGUCCCCGGCCCCCAAAAGCUCUUUUGAAAGGACCAAUUCAGUCAUGGCAUUGAGGACGGUAUGGUGGCGCAUGCCAGUGAUGGCAGCUACUCAAGAGGCUGAAGAAGGAAAAUGGCGAGCUGAGUAACGGGCUCUCUCUCUAAGACUGAGGUUGAAGAAAACAUUCAAGCGCUGCGGUUUUUGAAGGGACCCAGGCCACUCCUCAAACGCUAGGAAAACAGAUGUCCCAUUGGUGCGAUCUUGUGGUCACUGUGAAUCACAAGGAACUUGUGUUUCCUGCUUCCUUUCCGGAUUGGUGAGUUCCUUCACCCUUUCCCAGACCCCUCUCAGAGCACAGCUGCUGUCCACAGGAGAUCUGGACUUAGAACCGACUUGGGCAAGGACCGCAGCUGGAGAAUCACCCGGUGAGAGGCUCACCUGGGGCUGGGGAGCGAGGCCAGGCCGAACGCACAAGAGACCCUUGUGGUGGACCGCGGAGGGACGCAAGAGGAAGAAGUCAGGUGAGGAUAAGAUGGCGACGAACGGCUCUCUGCCCAUGAACAAGUCUGCGGGGCCACCGAGCGCAUCUGCCAGCUACGUGGCCCUGGAUGUCUUCUCCUACACGAUACUGACCGUCACCUGUGUCCUGGGAGUGCUGGGCAAUGGGCUGGUGAUCUGGGUGGCCGGGUUCCGGAUGCAACGCACAGUCACCACCAUCUGUUACCUGAACCUGGCCUUCGCCGACUUCUCCUUCUCUACCACGUUACCUUUCCUCAUUGUCCAGAGGGCCUGGGGAGGGUACUGGCCUUUGGGGUGGUUCAUGUGCAAGUUCAUUUAUACCAUAGUGGACCUAAACCUGUUCGGCAGCGUCUUCCUGAUCGCUCUCAUCGCUCUGGACCGCUGCAUUUGUGUCCUGCAUCCAGUGUGGGCCCAGAACCACCGCACCGUGAGCCUGGCCAGGAGGGUGAUGACGGCGCUGUGGGUGUGCGCGCUGCUCCUGACCCUGCCGGUCAUCACUCGGAUGACCACGGUGACUCGCUCCCCCGGGAAAACAGCCUGCGCCUUGGACUUUGCGCCCUGGACCACAGACCCCGAGGAGAAGAUGAAGGUGAACAUCGCCAUGCAGACCGUGCGAGGGGUCAUCCGGUUCAUCGUUGGCUUCAGCACGCCCAUGUCCACUGUAGCUGUCUGCUACGGUCUGAUCGCCAAGAAAAUGUACAAGCAAGGCCUGAUCCGAUCCAGCCGGCCCUUACGGGUCCUCUCGCUUAUUGUCAUCACCUUCUUUCUCUGCUGGUGUCCUUUUCAGGUGGUGGCUCUCAUAGCCACCAUCAGAAUCCGAGACUACUUGAGCGGGGUGACUGGACACCUUAGGAUUGCAGUGAGAGCAACCAUCUCCCUGGCCUUCCUCAACAGCUGUCUCAACCCGAUGCUCUACGUGUUCAUGGGCAGGGACUUCCGAGAGAGACUGAUCCGCUCCCUGCCCGCCAGUCUGGAGAGGGCCCUGACCGAGGACUCGGCCCCCACCAGCGACACGGACACCGACUCUGCCACCCCUCCCGCGGAGGAGGAGCUGAGGGCGAUGGGAGGAGGGGCUCAGGCUCCUCUCUAGGCCCAUCCGGGCCCGGGGUCCAGCUUUCUCUCUCCUCGAGUCACGUGACUCAACACCUACAGUGUCUCAUUCUGUGUGCUUAGAAUGACAGUCGUUACGAUUAUUUAAAUAUGGUUCCUAAAGGUGUCGGGGAAGCGGGAAGGGUAGGGGAAAGGAAAUAAGGGAAAAGAAAAACUAUGUGAAAAGGAAAAA